AUGGCGAACAUAGAGAUCGGUAUCAUCGGCUCGGGCUCGAUGGGCUCGGGUAUGACACUUCUUUUUGCCGAGCACGGUUCAACUAUAGGAUGCUUCGAUACAGAUCAAAAGGCCGUCCAGGCAAUCUUGGAUCAAGCCAAAAAAACCGAAACAGGGGACGAUUCCCGCGUACAUGGAUUUAACUCCCUCAAAGAUCUCGUCAAUGCUUUCAUCAAAGAUCCAAACGGGGGUCAUGAACGACGUAUCAUAGUACUCUCCCUGCCACAUGGGAAGGUGGUCGAUGGUGUCUGUGAAGAGCUACUUCCAAUUUUGGAUAAAGGGGAUGUGGUAGUGGAUGGAGGAAACGAAUGGUGGGAAUCGACGGAACGUAGACAAGCCAAAGCUAAGGAGAGAGGAAUAGAGUGGAUUGGUAUGGGCGUCAGUGGUGGAUAUCAAGCAGCUAGACAUGGACCUAGUAUGUCUCCAGGAGGAACAAAAGAAGCGUAUGACUUUGUCGAGCCAUACUUGAAGAAAUGGGCUGUCAAAACGCCUGAAGGGGAACCUUGUGUCUGUUAUGUUGGUCCUGGAGGGUCUGGACAUUAUGUAAAGAUGAUACACAAUGGGAUUGAACACGCACAUCUGUCUAUCUUAUGCGAAAUACGCGCUGUCAUGGCAUAUCAAUUUGGUCUCUCCAACGACGAAAUAUCAGAUUAUUUCGAAAAGUGGUAUCGAUCCGGACCUCUAAGGGGUAAUUACCUAAUCGGGAUUGGAUACAAGGGACUUCGCUUCAAGAAGGGUGGAGGGAUAGAGGAUAAGAGGGGGAUCGUGGAGGAUGUAGAGGAUAAAGUGACGCAAGAUGUUGAUUUGUCUGAGGGCACCGGAACUUGGUCCACCAUGGAAAUCGCAACGAGACAUGUUGCAGCACCAGCGAUUGCAGCUUCACAUCAGCUUCGUAUCAUCUCUUCUGACAAGUCUGAACGUCUAGAGGUUGUGAAAAACAUGUCUUUGCCUCAGCCCAGAGAAGAUAAGCUUGGGAAGGAAGUGAAAGAAGACGUGAUGAAUACUGUCGAGAAGGCUGUAUACGGAUGUAUCUUAGGUGGAUUCGUUCAAGGUUUGGCGAUCAUUGCUAAAGCGUCCCAAGAGCAGAAGUGGGAUAUUUCCCUUGCUGAAACUAUGAAGAUCUGGAGAGCAGGAUGUAUAAUUCAAAGUGACGGGAUAUGUGAUCUCCUUCUCCCACAUUUGACUAAAUUCCCCCCUUCCGAACCUCACAAUCUUCUACAGUCCAUCCCCGAAGUGGCCAAAGAGCUCGCUUCGACUUACGCGGCUGUGAAAGAGGUGUACAUGUUGGCAGUGGCGGCUGAUGCGGUUGCUCCUGCUGUAGGGGCGACGUUGGAGUGGAUGAAGAGUGUUUCCGGAAAGAAUCUUCCGACCGAUUUUGAAGAGAUGGAGUUGGAUUACUUUGGACAUCACAACUACGAUAUUAAAGGUCAUCCAGAGCCCGGCCAUAGUAAAGGGAAAUACCAUACAGAAUUCGCUCCUGCCUAA